GCUUGACUUCCUCAAAUGGUUUGAAAAAUGGCUUCGAGUGUCUCGUUUCCAUUUCUGCUGCUAGUCUACAUGUUUCUAAUGCAAGGUUCCUCUGCAGUGACUGAUGUAUUUGUGAAGACUGGAGAUGAUCUUAUUCUUAAUCUCACAGCUAAAGUUCCACCAGAUGCCAUUUGGUCAUGGCAAUUUAAAAAUAAGGCAAUAGUAACAGUUAUAACUGGUAUCAAGUCAACUGUUCAAGAAAGUCACACUGGAAGAAUCGAAAUUGAUGAAAAAUCCAAUGUCGCACUGAAGAAUCUGCAAAAGUCAGACAGUGGUAUUUAUACUGCAAAGGUUAUAACACCUCGAGAUGAAGAACUAACUCAAUACAAUGUUACAGUUCAAGAUCCAGUGUCUGCAGUUGAUCUCACCUUUACCUGUGCGUUCGGCUCCUCCUCCUAUAACCUGACAGCGACUUGCAGGACAGACGACUCUUCAAUCAGCAUCACUGUAAGAUGCAAGAAUCACACCUGUAACCAGGAGGGAGACGAGGGAAGAUUGGUCACCAGAUCUGGAUCUUUUCUUCACAUCUCCAAGUCGAUAGACUCAAUUGUCUGUAACCAUAGCAACCAAGUCAGCAAGGACGAAUCCAAACUAAACAUUGAGAAUCGCUGCAACCAACAUGGAGAACCCAGAAAAUAUUAUGGGUAUACUGCAUUGAUCCUGCUGGUUUUUCUACUCCCUAUGAUUUAUUUUGGAUGUCAUAAAUGCAAGAAAGCAGGUGACAAAGACAACGUUAACGACACAAUAUAUGCUCUUCCUGUGGUAAAUGAUCAAACUGAAACAUUGAAUGAAACACCUGGAGUUGAAGCUGGUUCCCCAACCACCACCUACAGCACAGUCGGACCUUUUAUUAGUAAGGAAGGCACCAAGACUAGAAGCAAUGACCAACCAGAGACUGUGUAUUCACAGAUCAAUGCUGUGGGAGUGAAGACCUGAUAUAGUGAGAUUAUGACAUUUUUCCUAUGAGAAGACAGGCUGCUGCAUUUCCUAUAAUCUGGAGGUGACUGAGUCCAGCAAAUGGAAAAUAGCCUAUAGAAUGUUUUAUGUAUUUUAAAUUGUAAGUACCAUAUUCUAGACA